AUGUUGAUCCCAUGCUUGGAACUAGAUGUUUCAUGGAUUAAAACAAUUCCUUUAGUAAUAGAUUUUUUUUUGCUUAUUUUCCAGGACCCUGCAGGGAUCUUUGAAUUGGUGGAACUUGUUGGAAAUGGAACCUAUGGCCAAGUCUAUAAGGGUCGCCAUGUUAAAACCGGGCAGCUCGCUGCUAUUAAAGUCAUGGACGUCACUGGGCUGGUGAUGGAAUUCUGCGGUGCGGGCUCUGUCACGGAUCUGAUCAAGAAUACAAAAGGCAACACGUUGAAGGAGGAGUGGAUCGCGUACAUCUGCCGGGAGAUCUUACGGGGCCUGAGUCACCUGCACCAACACAAAGUGAUUCACCGUGAUAUCAAAGGGCAGAAUGUCUUGCUGACGGAGAACGCCGAAGUAAAACUAGUGGAUUUUGGUGUCAGUGCCCAGUUAGACCGAACAGUGGGCCGAAGAAAUACAUUCAUUGGCACACCCUACUGGAUGGCUCCAGAAGUUAUUGCCUGUGAUGAGAAUCCUGAUGCUACCUAUGAUUUCAAGAGUGACUUGUGGUCCUUGGGAAUCACAGCCAUUGAAAUGGCAGAAGGUGCCCCCCCAAGAGAGGCAGAGACAGAGACUUAUGGAGACAGUGAUGGAAACACUGACAAGCACGGAUGGGCAAAAACCAAUGGAGACAAAAAGAGAGAUUUAUGGAGAGAGUGCUCCAAACCUAGACAGACACUGUCCAGAGUAAUGGUGACAGUUGUAAGAGUCAUAGACGAGACAAGUGAUAGAGACACCGAGAGUGAUGGAGGCAGGGACAGAAACACCUCUAGACACAAGAGGGCCCAGUGGUCUAAAAAAUUCCAGUCUUUCAUCGAGAGUUGCUUAGUGAAGAACCACAGUCAAAGACCUACCACAGAACAGCUCAUGAAGCAUCCCUUUAUAAGAGACCAACCUAACGAACGCCAGGUCCGAAUUCAGCUCAAGGAUCACAUCGACAGGACAAAGAAGAAGCGAGGAGAGAAAGAGAAGAAGAAGGAGGAGGAGGAGGAGGAGGAGGAGGGGGAGGAGGAGGAGGAAGGGGAGGAGGAGGAGGGGGAGGACAGUUCCAUCCUGAACCUGCCCGGUGAAUCCACCCUGAGACGGGACUUCUUGCGCCUUCAGCUGGCCAACAAGGAGCGCUCCGAGGCCCUCCGGCGCCAGCAGCUGGAACAGCAGCAAAGGGAGAAUGAGGAGCACAAACGCCAGCUACUGGCGGAGCGUCAGAAGCGAAUCGAGGAGCAGAAGGAACAGCGCCGCAGGCUGGAGGAGCAGCAAAGGAGAGAAAAGGAACUGAGGAAGCAGCAGGAGAGAGAGCAGCGGAGACACUACGAGGAACAGAUCCGCCGCGAGGAAGAAAGGAGACGAGCAGAACACGAGCAGGAAUACAUCAGGCGACAGCUAGAGGAAGAGCAGAGGCAGUUAGAAAUCUUGCAGCAGCAGUUACUGCAGGAGCAAGCCUUACUUCUGGAGUAUAAACGCAAACAGCUGGAAGAACAGAGACAGGCUGAGCGGCUGCAAAGGCAGCUCCAGCAGGAAAGGGACUAUUUGGUCUCUCUUCAACAGCAGCAGCAGCAACAGCGCCAGGACCAGAGACCAGGGGAAAAGAAGCCACUGUACCAUUACAAGGAAGGGAUGAACCCUAGUGAGAAGCCAGCCUGGGCCAAGGAGGUGGAAGAACGUUCUAGGCUCAACCGGCAGAGCUCCCCUGCCAUGCCACACAAGGUUGCAAACCGGAUAUCUGACCCCAAUCUGCCUCCUCGAUCUGAGUCUUUUAGUAUUAGUGGGGUACAGCCUGCCCGGACACCGCCCAUGCUUAGACCAGUGGAUGCCCAGAUUCCACAUCUGGUAACGGUGAAAUCCCAAGGACCCUCCCUCUCUGCCUCUCAGUCAGUGCAUGAACAGCCCACAAAGGGAAUAGCUGGGUUCCAGGAGGCUCUGACGGUGACGUCUCACCGUGCUGAGAUGCCACGGCAGAACUCGGAUCCCACCUCUGAAAACCCUCCUCUCCCCCCUCGCAUUGAAAAGUUUGACCGAAGCUCUUGGUUACGGCAGGAGGAAGACAUUCCACCAAAGCCCAAUCAGUCCCCAGUGAGAGCCCAACUCAGCCAUUUAAGCCCAGAAAUUGACUUUGGGGCCUUCAAUUUCCAUUUUGACUCUGGCAACCCUGACCUACGGAGAACUGAGCCCAUCCUGGAGAGUCCCUUGCAGAGGACCAGCAGUGGGAGCUCCUCUAGCUCCAGCACCCCAAGUUCCCAGCCUAGUUCCCAGGGAGGUUCCCAGCCAGGAUCUCAAGCUGGUUCUAGUGAACGGAACAGAGUUCGAGCUAACACAAAAUCUGAAGGAUCACCUGUGCUUCCCCACGAGCCUCCCAAGGUGAAGCCAGAAGAAUCCAGAGACAUCACCCGGCCUGGACGACCAGCCAGCUAUAAGAAAGCUAUAGAUGAGGACCUGACCGCACUAGCCAAAGAAUUAAGGGAACUCCGAAUUGAAGAAACCAACCGGCCCCUGAAGAAGGUGACUGAUUAUUCUUCUUCCAGUGAGGAGUCAGAAAGCAGCGAAGAGGAGGAAGAAGAUGGAGAGAGCGAGACACAUGAUGGGACAGUGCCUGUCAGUGACAUCCCCAGGCUCAUACCCACAGGAGCUCCAGCGAGUAAUGAGCAGUACAAUAUGGCGAUGGUGGGGACCCAUGGCCUGGAGACCUCUCACGCAGACACAUUUAGCAGCAUUUCAAGAGAAGGAACCUUAAUGAUAAGAGAGUCAUCCGGAGAGAAAAAACGUUCUGGGCACACGGACAGCAAUGGCUUUGCUGGUCACAUCAAUCUCCCUGACCUUGUACAGCAAAGUCAUUCUCCAGCGGGGACACCGACAGAGGCCCUUGGGCGCGUUUCCACUCAUCAACAGGAUGUGGAUUCUGUGACUGAAUACGGCAUGGGGAGCAGCACCAAAGCCUCCUUCACCCCGUUUGUUGAUCCCAGAGUGUACCAGACGUCUCCAACUGAUGACGAUGAGGAUGACGAUGAGGAAUCUUCAGCCACAGCCCAAGGGUAUCCGGGGACACUAGAAAAGGCUGGUCCUCAGGGAUUUCUGGACUUAAAGGAAGUGCCAUACAUUUCCCAAGAGCGAUUUCUAGCUCUUUUUACCAGUGAGCUACUAAGGCAAGAACAAGCCAAACUCAACGAAGCCAGGAAGAUUUCAGUGGUCAAUGUGAACCCAACGAACAUUCGGCCUCACAGUGAUACACCUGAGAUUCGGAAAUACAAGAAACGCUUCAAUUCGGAAAUCCUUUGUGCUGCUCUGUGGGGUGUGAACCUCCUAGUGGGAACGGAAAAUGGACUGAUGCUCUUGGACCGAAGUGGGCAAGGGAAGGUCUACAGCUUGAUCAACAGAAGGCGAUUUCAGCAGAUGGACGUCUUGGAGGGUCUUAACGUCCUCGUGACAAUAUCAGGAAAGAAAAAUAAGCUUCGAGUUUAUUAUCUGUCUUGGUUAAGAAAUCGAAUCCUACACAACGAUCCUGAAGUUGAAAAGAAACAAGGUUGGAUCACCGUUGGGGACCUGGAAGGCUGUAUACAUUACAAAGUCGUGAAAUAUGAACGAAUCAAAUUCUUGGUGAUUGCCUUGAAGAAUGCCGUGGAGAUAUAUGCAUGGGCUCCUAAGCCAUACCACAAAUUCAUGGCAUUUAAGUCUUUUGCAGAUCUCCAGCACAAGCCCUUACUUGUUGACCUUACAGUAGAAGAGGGCCAAAGGCUAAAGGUUAUUUUUGGAUCACACACUGGUUUCCACGUGAUUGAUGUAGAUUCAGGAAACUCGUAUGAUAUCUACAUCCCAUCCCAUAUUCAGGGUAAUAUCACUCCUCACGCUAUUGUCAUCUUGCCUAAAACGGAUGGAAUGGAAAUGCUCGUUUGCUAUGAGGAUGAGGGGGUGUAUGUCAAUACCUAUGGCCGGAUCACAAAAGAUGUGGUGCUCCAGUGGGGAGAAAUGCCCACCUCUGUGGCCUACAUUCAUUCCAAUCAAAUAAUGGGCUGGGGAGAGAAAGCUAUUGAGAUCCGUUCAGUGGAAACAGGACAUUUGGAUGGAGUAUUUAUGCAUAAGCGAGCUCAAAGGUUAAAGUUUCUAUGUGAAAGAAAUGAUAAGGUAUUUUUUGCAUCCGUGCGAUCUGGAGGAAGUAGCCAAGUGUUUUUCAUGACCCUCAACAGAAAUUCCAUGAUGAACUGGUAGCAGAUGAACAUUUACUUGGCUCUUGUCUUGUUGGCGUUCUUUCUAUUUUAAAAGAACAUGACACGUGUGGACUUACGCCAGUCUAGAGGCAGAUACAGAAGGCUUGGUUGAACACACUGAUUUCCCCUUCCUCCACUCCCUCCUGUCCCCCACUCCUCACACCCUGUUGUCCCACCAAAAUACAGUCCAUCCUUCAUUGUUGCAGCCUGUUUGAGAAAGAGAGAGACAAGAGGCAAGAAUUUCUCAGAGAGCCCCAAGAAUGCCACACUGUCUCUGAACAGAGACGGACCCGGAGCUCUUCGGCACUAGGGAUAUAAACAUUUUGUGAUCUUCUAUUCUGCUGUGUUACAGUGGGUUAUGACUUUUUGCUUUAAAAACAAACAAACAAACAAUUCUCGGUCCCUUACUUUAUAUGAAUGGGGAAGGAAAUGGUGUUGAGGAAAGGAAUCUUCUUUGGAUUCUCUCUGCCUGCUAGCAUUAAGUAUGCCGAAUGUUGUAAAAUUACCACUUUUGAAUGGUGAGAGACAGCACAAUAAAUGUACCUUAUCUCUCUCCUCUGAAGGCCAUAACUGUAUAGCUGGGUAAUUUUAGCAAUCUUUUGCCUUCACCAACCUAAAGGUUGCUUUUUGACAGCAACUAGUUAACGAAUUUUUAAAAGAGAAGAAAAAUCCUAGUUUUCCCCUCUUUUGGGAAAUAGAUUUUAAAUGGCUAAACUACUAGCCUUAGACUAAUAAAUCAACUACCAUUUUUGUCAGUCUGUCAGUCCCUAUUCUAAUAUGGACCUUCCACAAUGGUGCGUGUUGAUGGGGUACUAAUGCCAAAUGGUUGAGUUGGCUCUGGAGAUGGAGGGAAUCUUUAGCACAUCUUUCCCAAAGCUUGAUUAUGCAACAGGUUAGGGCAAAAGACCAGGAGGGCAAAUGGGUUUCAGAGAAAGGAAGAAGAAGAGCUUUUGGGAAAACAUGCUAUGAUAUUUACGAGAAUGCACAAAAUCCUCUUGGGCUAAGAGCUCACCUGGCUUGGGCAUCAUUCUGCCUGGACCUUGGUUAGUGUACCCCAAUCCUGCCGGGGAAAUUGAGGUGUGGGUGACAUCUUGAUUUCAGUCGACGCCACCUCUUUCUUCUGUGGGUGCCACUUUCUAGAGAUGAAAACUGUGACUUUAAACAAACAAACUAACAAACAAACAAACAAAAGCAAAAGCUUCUGAGCUGCCUAUAGUCCUUCUGGGUUGGAAAAAAAAAAACCAGUCUAAAUGGCUAAGCCAACCGAAGAAAAAGCAAAGCAUCAUUAGGCCCAGAAGUUAUGGAACUUGGAAGCAGGGUUUUGGCCAAAAUUCUGAGACCCUAAAUCAUUUUACCUUCCUCUAAAUUACCCAACAUAUAGUGAACAACAUCUGUGCAGAAAUAUGUAUGUAUUUAGUUCAGGUUGAAUUGUGUCCUUAUAAACUCUUACUCAAAUGAUUUCCAUUUUUUCGUGAGUGUCUCAGAUUUUUUUGGUUUGUUUGUUUACUAGCUACAAGCAUGGCUGCCUGUGGUCUUAAGGUGUUGCAUAAUGAUACCUGUGUUGCGCUUCCUGUUUUAACCUACCUCGUUUUGUUUGUUUUUAUUUUGCUGUUCAUCACAGCAGUGUUAUCUCCAGGAGACAUAUAGAGAGCUCAAUUGGCAAUCUCAGGUGUAUUUAAUAAUUUUAAAAAACAAAACAGUAGUUGAUCAAAUUUGUAUCUUUGACUAACGGGGGGAAAAAUCAACAGGGUUCGUUCCCAAGAUAUCCUAACAGUUACAGUAAUGGAUUGCUGAAUCUAUUAUUCUAAUGAUUUUGUCUAAAAUAAACGAGUGGGCUGGAUGAGCUGUUAAUGAGAACAAAAUACAAAUUAGAAACCCAGUGGCAGGGCAAGAUGCCGAUUGGAGAAGAGAGGAAGUGGGGAACGGGAGGGAGAAAAUUCACGUUCCAUUCGGAAAUCAUUCUUAAGGGCUGCGGCUGCUAAAUCUUAACUGACUUUUUAUUUGGAGCACGUAACUGAAAGGAAUUGAAGCAAGGACCCUCUCUGAACAAUCAUGGAGGUGUCCCCCUUUGGGGUUUCCAAAAUCAGGCCAUUCUCCAGGGCUCGUUGGUACGGCUCACACCAGUCCAGUGCAUCAAAUUCAGCAAUAACUUUUCUGAUUGAACUUGGCAACUACUCUAACUGUUAGAUGUGACAUGAAGAAGGAACCGUGAUCUUAGUCUCCACACUGACUAGGAUUGCCACCAGCUCUUUAUAUUGCUGCUGUGUAUUUUAAAUCAGAGGCUUCUUGAAUUAUGUUGCAAAUGGAUAUAUAUUUUUUUUCCUACGCGACAAGUUCGGAACUCACAGCUUUAAAUGAUUUUUUUAUUGUGGGUCUUUGGGUACAGUUAAGAAAUAAAAGGGAAUCAUUGUGUUUAAACAUAAGGUAGUUUGUGAAUGUAUUUUUUAAAACCUAGAUUCAUUGAAACAGAACCAUCAGAAAAUUAUUAAUGCAAUCUUGUUUACAGUAUGUACAUGAACAUAACAUAGGACAUGAGCAUUUCUGGUGCCAACAAUAAAACACACAAGUUCAACAUCGA